AAGGAUAGCCAAGAUUUUGGUUAAUGGUUAACAGUUAACCACACAGACUCUGACUUCUGCUGGGGCCAGGACCAAAAGCUGCUUUGCUUGCUGGGGAACAGGCAAGCAUGGAAAGCAGAGCAGUUCACACCAUGAAGGGCUAGAGAACAGCGGCUUCACCCCAUGGAGAAAGGAGGAGGAAAAUCCAAAAAAGGGUGUGGCUGGUUGAGACACACUCGUUAUACCUGAUUGCUCGGACAUGUGUGGCUCUGGGGCAAAGUGAGGAAGGAUCUGUUUGCUGGGAACUUGCAAGUUGGAGAAGGCAGGAGACCACCUCCUCUACCCUGGGACUGCUCAUGGCAGGAGAGACACCCACUUCAGACUGUUCUCCUCUCAUCGACCACAGCCAUGUCCCGGAGUUUGAGGUGGCUCUGUGGGUCAAGAUCACCUUGGCCUUAAUCUAUAUCUGCAUCUUUGUCGCGGGUCUCUUGGGCAACAGCAUCACCAUCAAAGUCACCAGGAUCCUGCAGAGGAAAGGCUACCUGCAGAAGGAGGUCACUGACCACAUGGUGAGCCUGGCCUGCUCUGACCUGCUGGUCAUCCUGCUGGGCAUGCCCGUGGAGUUCUUCAGUGCCAUCUGGAGCCCCUUUUCUACCCCCAAUGGCAACAUUGCCUGCAAGCUCUACUACUUCCUCUUCGAGGCCUGCAGCUAUGCCACCGUGCUGCACGUGGCCACGCUGAGCUUUGAGAGGUACGUGGCCAUCUGCCACCCCUUCAGGUUCAAGGCUGUGUCCGGCCCCCGCACGGUGAAGCUGCUCAUCGCCUUUGUCUGGGGCACAUCUGUCAUUGUGGCUCUGCCCCUGCUCUUCGCCAUGGGCACGGAAUAUCCCCUGGAGCUCAUCGAGGGCUACGAGAGAACAAGCUCCUGUGUCAGACCUACUCCCAGGCACUACAUUCCUGAGCUGAAGCACAACAUGACCAUCUGCACCUGCCUCUCCUCCAAGUGGUCUCUGUUUCAAGCCAGCGUCUUCGGCGCCUUUGCUGUGUACGUCGUGGUGCUGGGAUCCGUCACCUUCAUGUGCCACAGCAUGAUGCAAGCCCUGAUGACCCACAAGAAAGGGACAGUGGCAGUGCAGGGUGGACUAAAGCACCAGGAGGAGUACCUAAGGAAAAGUGAAAGUUCGGAGGGCAAGAGCUCCAGGAAACAGAUCACUUUAUUCCUGGGACUGAUCAUUGCCACUCUGGCGGUUUGCUGGAUGCCAAACCAGGUCAGAAGGAUCAUGGCUGCUGCUAAACCAAAGCAGGACUGGACCGUCCCCUACUUCAAAGCCUACAUCACCCUCCUUCCCAUCGCCGACAUCUUCUUCUACCUCAGCUCGGUGGUGAACCCGCUGCUGUACAACAUCUCCUCCCGGCAGUUCCGCAGCGUGUUCCUGCAGGUGCUGUGCUGCCGCCUCACCCUGCAGCACGCCAACAGGGAGAGGUUCCUCAGGGCCAACCAGAGCUCCGGGGCGCGGGGCGGCCGCUCCCUGCGCCCGCUGCUCUUCACCUCCUCCAGGCGCGGCUCUUCCACCAAGGGCGACGCCAAAGUUUUCCUCAGCACCUUCCAGAAGGAGCCCACACCCAGCUGCAGCCCACAGGAGCAAGGUCCUGCACCAGGAGAUCCCAGCCUGGAAGCGGCGCCCCUCGAGACCGGCUCAGAGCCCGGUCAGGGCACACAGAACGGCCUUUGUGAACAUCAAGUAUGACUUCGUAAGGCAAAGUUAAUGCUUAGCAAUGAGACUAAAAACAUAGACAUUGAAAUGACUGAGGAAAGCGACAA